AUGGUGUUGUCACGCGAAGGCGAGAGAAGCGAUGAAGGUGGCAGUGAAGGAUGUGGCACCAAGAAGGGCUGGUGCUCACCUCGCAGGGCCGACACAGCCCGUCAUCGCAAGGGACAGCCCGGGGCCCCGUUCCUCGGCACGUCGUGGAAGUUUGAUUGGUGGCCGUUCUUUGCAAACGAGCAGGAGCUUCUCAUCUUCAGAAUGGUUGAUAAGCGCGUUUGAUUUGUGUGUGGCGAGGGAACAGUGUGUGAGGGCAUCCUAUGGAGAGCUACAUGUAACCCGGCGGAGCAAAUCUGAGUACGUCCAUUA